CCGGCGCGGCGGGAGGAUGCCACUGCUGCGGAAGGCGCUGCGCGUCUCCAACCGCUCCAUGCUCGCCUUCAUCUUCUUCUUCUCCUUUUCCUCAUCCUGCCUCUACUUCAUCUAUGUGGCCCCCGGGAUCGCAAACACAUAUCUCUUUAUGGUGCAAGCUCGUGGUAUAAUGUUGAGAGAAAAUGUAAAAACAAUAGGACACAUGAUAAGAUUGUACACUAACAAAAAUACUACACUGAAUGGCACAGAUUAUCCUGAAGGAAACAAUUCUAGUGACUGUGUUGCUCAAACAACAAUGUAUCUUCCAGAGAACUUCACCUACUCUCCUUACCAGCCUUGUCCAGAGAAGCUGCCUUACAUGAGAGGCCUUAUUGAUGUUAAUAUGAGUGAAAUUAGUUUUGAUGAAAUUCAACGACUGUUUUCAAAAGAUUUAGACAUUAAACCAGGAGGACACUGGAAACCAAAUGACUGUAAGCCACGGUGGAAGGUGGCUAUCCUUAUUCCUUUUCGGAAUCGUCACGAGCAUCUUCCAAUUUUUUUCCGUCAUCUGAUACCUAUGUUGCAGAAGCAGCGGCUGGAAUUUGCCUUCUAUGUUGUUGAACAGACAGGUACACAACCUUUUAAUCGUGCAAUGCUCUUUAAUGUUGGCUUCAAAGAGGCUAUGAAGGAUGCUGUCUGGGACUGCAUAAUAUUCCAUGAUGUGGAUCACUUACCUGAAAAUGAUAGAAAUUACUAUGGAUGUGGAGAAAUGCCACGCCAUUUUGCAGCAAAGCUGGACAAGUACAUGUACAUCCUUCCAUACAAUGAGUUCUUUGGUGGUGUAAGUGGCCUGACAGUGGAACAAUUCAAGAAGAUCAAUGGUUUUCCAAAUGCCUUUUGGGGAUGGGGUGGAGAAGAUGAUGAUCUUUGGAACAGGGUUCACUAUGCUGGAUACAAUGUAACAAGACCAGAAGGCGAUUUAGGGAAGUACAAAUCCAUUCCUCAUCACCACAGAGGAGAAGUCCAGUUUUUAGGACGAUACAAACUUCUGAGGUAUUCCAGAGAACGUCAGUAUAUUGAUGGGUUGAACAAUUUAGCAUAUACUCCUAAAAUACUUGUCAGUAGAUUGUAUAAAAAUAUAACUGUUAACCUCCUACCAGAACUUGCUCCUGUUAGAGACUAUUGA